GUGAUACUUUUGAAUAUAUUUGGUAUUGCGAUGACAUAUUAUGAUACUUGGAAUGGGUUCAUUCAGGCAGCUCACACUCUGUUCCUUGCCCAGCCUCUGAAGACCCGUUACUCUGUAAAAUACGUGAAGGGUACUGAGUCUAUCGUAUUGAAGGUGACUGAUGAUCGCAAGUGCUGCAAGUUCAAGCUGGCUAAAUCGGGAAAUCUACGCCAGCUGAAUCAAUUGAAUAAGCUAUUUUUGACGUGGUCAGUUACUCGUGACCUGGAUUCACUUGGCCAAUUCAACGUUAAGCGAGCUCAACCUGUUACCGGGAAGAAGCUAAGUCCACGUAAAGCUUAGCUGGCUAUCAAGUUCCAAUGACAGU